UCUUGGAAUAACAUCAGUGGUUCCGCGCGGUUUACUCUACUCUGAGACACUGUAUGAGCACUCGACUCAUUGAUUGCCCUCCUAUUGCUGGUUCAGGAGAUCAACCGCUUUUGCGUCCCCGUAUAACGACUGCAGUAGAUACGUGAAUUUUUAUUCCUCACGGAGCGAAGAAGCAAACUCAGGAUUGUUGAAAGAACCGUCAUGGCGACAGCUACCCCAAGCCGUGAAGCUGGCCGGACGGCGGCCUCCACACCGCUCUCCCCAACGCGGAUCUCUCGCCUACAAGAGAAACUAGAUUUGCAGCACCUGAACGACCGACUGGCCGUAUACAUCGACCGCGUUCGGUCGCUGGAAUUGGAGAACGAUCGGUUGAUGUUCAAAGUGUCCGAGAAAGAGGACGUAACCACCAGAGAGGUGACCGGCCUUAAGUCUCUGUAUGAAGCGGAGUUAGCCGAUGCUCGACGGGUUCUGGAUGAAACUGCCAGAGAGAGAGCCAGGCUCCAGAUAGACCUGGGCAAGGCCCAAGCUGACCUUGAAGAAGCCACACGCAGUGCCAAGAAGAAGGAUGGGGAUCUUGCUGCAGCGAUGUCCAGGGCCGGUGGAUUAGAGGGCCAGCUGCACAAGAGCGAAGCAGCUCUUUCUACAGCUCUGAGCCAGAACGCUGCUCUGACUUGCGAGCUAGCUGAUCUCAAGAGCGUGCUGGCUAAGGCAGAGGACAGCCAUGCUGUUGGCAAGCGCCAGCUGGAGGCGGAGACGCUCAUGCGCGUAGACUUUGAGAACCGCUGUCAAUCACUGAGUGAAGAGCUGGUGUUCAGGAAGGGCUUGUUUGAAGAGGAGGUGCGCGAGUCUCGGCGUCGGAAGGAGACGAGGGUAGUGGAGGUGGACUCUGGGGUCAGGCAUGACUACGAGUUCAAACUGGCAGAGGCUUUACAGGACCUGAGGAGGCAACAUGACGAGCAAGUCUCUUUGUAUAAGGAGGAACUGGAGCAAACCUUCAAGGCCAAGUUGGAUAAUGCCAUGAUGUCCUCUGAGAUCAAUGACCAGGCAAUGGGUUCAGCCAGAGAGGAGCUGCAGGAGUCCCGAAUGAGAAUCGAGAGCUUUGGGUACCAGCUCAGCGCCCUGCAGAAACAGGCGGCUGCCUCUGAGGAUCGCAUCAGAGAGCUGGAGGAGAUUCUGUCAGCAGAGCGAGACAAGCACCGCCGGGCCAUGGAGAGAAAGGAGCAAGAGAUGAACGAGCUGAGAGACCGGAUGAACUCGCAGCUCAGUGAGUACCAGGAGCUGUUGGACGUGAAGCUCGCGCUGGAUAUGGAGAUCCACGCAUACAGAAAACUGCUGGAGGGAGAGGAGCACAGACUGAAGCUGUCCCCCAGCCCGUCUGCUCGAGUCACUGUUUCCAGGCUAACAGGAUCUUCCUCCUCCCGCUCUUCCAAGAGGAAGAGGGGGGAGGCUGUAGCUAAGGAUGAAGGGCAGCUGCUGGUGUCCGAAAACGCCACAGCUAGCGGAGCAGUCACCAUAUCACCCACUGACAUGGAUGGAAACGCAGUCACACUGUCCAAUGAUACCACUCAGGACCAGCCGUUGGGCAACUGGAGGUUGAAGAGACAGGUUGACGAUGGGGACGAGGUCGUCUACAAGUUCUCCCCAAAGUUUGUUCUCAAGGGUGGACAGUCUGUGACGGUGUGGUCUGCUGAUGCUGGUGUAGCCCACAAUCCCCCAUCUGACCUGCUGUGGAAGAGCCAGACCUCCUGGGGCAUUGGAAAUGACAUCGUCACCACUUUGGUCAACGCUGAUGACGAGGAGGUGGCCACAAGGAGAGUAACCAAGACUGAGGUGGAGGUCGAGAAUGGAGAGGAGGAGGAAGAAGAGGAGGAGGAUGUGCAAACAGGAAAGGGAUCCUCCAGAGAGUGUGCCAUCAUGUGAAGCCUUCCCCUUCUGUUGGCUUUCACUUUCCCAUUUUAUAUAUAUUUCUUCUCUUGAAUCACCCGGUUAUGAAUCUUUCCAUUGCCUCAUUAUUAUGUUUUUUUUUUUACUGUUCAAGACAAUAUAUAUUUUUUUUAGACUAAUGGACUCUUUUUACCAGAUCUGCUUUAAUAAGUCAUUUUCCUAAACACCGUUGGCAAUGUUAAAGUCUGCAGAUCACAACUAUAACGUUUUCAAAUACUCACCCCUGACAAUACUAUCCAUGAAUCGACUGAAAGAGUUAUCAGAGACGAAGCACCUGAUGAGCUCCUUCGUUUCUGGACAACAAACCAUGAGCAGAUCCAAAUUACAUUAUGGAGACCAGUUUUUCCUCCAUAAUUAAGGCUUUUACGUGUUUUUAUAUAUACGACCUUAAUAUGUGGUUCCCAUAUCGAUUGUAUCUGAAUUUUUUAUUUAUGUCUUCCGUACAAAGGCCAGGUACAUUUUCUCCAUUUAGCCCAAUAUCUCGAAUCACAAAUGUUCCUCCCAGUCCAAAUUCCUCAACAACUCUUUCGUAGGAAAAUCGGUUUAAAUGAUGCGUUGCAGUCCAAACCUUUGGGAAACACCUGGUCCUUACAUGGCCCCACACCCUCCGUCUCCGCCUCUUCCUGGAUUCUGCAGAGACAGCCGGGACCUGUGGUGGUCCAUGUGCUGUGUCAGUUUAGGCAUCAGGAAGGAGACAUGAUGCAGAAGAAGAAUGUUACUGUUGCUCUGGAGAAUUCAGUGGAAUGAAAACCUUUAGUGGCCUGGGGCAUCUGAGUAGAGAUCACCAGUUUGAAGGACGUGUUCAAUGUCCUCAGUGAGUCAGUGUCACUGUAUCCGCCAACGCUGUCAUGGAACUAGGGUGACGUGUACGGAAGCUCCGCUAACUGGCAACCAAAGUGUGCUAGGAGUAUGGGGGGGGUUGUGUUGGGUCAGUCCACAGCCAUGGAACUAGUUUAACUCAGGCCCUUGUGUUCAUGUGGGGUCUCGGUCCUGAUGGGACAGAUUAUUGUGUGUCAGUACGGCGUGCUUUAUUUCGCUAGUUAUUAUUUUUUCUAUAGAGUGCUUGUCUGUUUAAUCAAUUUGUUUACAUUAUAUACUUCAUUUCUCAUUGUAAGGGGGGGAGGGGGUGUUUGGGUUUCUGGGAUGGUUACUUCAAGAGACGUCAGGGUUCUGAACACUACUGCUGCAGUUGAGAGCCGUCUCCUCGGACUCGCGUUGGCUUCCGGUCCAGCGGGGAGCCGGUGUCGGACAAACUGACUGAAGUUAAUACUGAUCUGAUUUGAGUUGUAAGGCUCAGAUGUGAAACAGGAUUCAGUCCCUCCAGGAGUCUUCAUGAUUUUAGCACAAAUGUUCACGUGUUUUCAGCGGAUCUCUGCAAUAUAUUUUUCCAACGACCAACUUCAUCAUGAAAACUGGUCUUACUGUAAGUUCGACUGAGAUGUCUAAUAAUGAACCUUCAGUCUCACCAAGAACCACUGCCAUUGAUGCCGUUAUUGUUGCAUAUUAGUAUGCAUGAGCAUCAGUUUGUUACUUAACACAACUUUUUAAACUGAAAACCGAAAAUAUCAAAAAGGCAAACUUUGGCCAAUAGUAUAGAGUAUUUUGUAGAAAAUCUUGUCCACCAGAAGCCGUGUCCCUGGAGGGGCUGCUCCAGGACUGUCUGACCAUUUGUGCUACAAUAUAGAUGUGAUUUAGUGAGAUUUUUGUUGAGAACAUCAUUUAACCUGGUAUUGUUAACGAGGGGGCAGGUAGCAUGCCGAGUGCGUGUUCUGAUUUAUGAUUAACUGUUGAACUACUUUUUGUACACAAUAAAUGUUUUACAUAUACACA